AUGAAGCUGAGUAUUCUCUUCCUGCUGGUGACCAUUGGCAUUUGCAGUUACUCUGCUAGUGCCUUCUUAAUAAACAAAUUGCCCCUUCCUGUCAACAAUGUCCUACCACCCUUACCUCUGGACAACAUUCUUCCUUUCAUGGAUCCAUUAAAGCUUCUUCUGAAAACUCUGGGGAUUUCAGUUGAACACCUUGUGGAAGGACUAAAGAAGUGUGUGGAUGAGUUGGGACCAGAAGCCUCUGAAGCCGUGAAGAAACUGCUGGAGGCCCUGUCACAUUUAGUGUGA